CUUUCGUGAGACUUGAGACUUGAGACUCGAGAGCAUAAAAACAACCACCGGUACCGGUGGCAUGUCAGAUCAACACCGAAAUGGAGAACGUGUCGCCGUCGCCGGUGCCAAAAUUUGGGGUGGCGGUGUUCCUAUUGAAAGACAAGACGGUGCUGCUGGGACGGCGGCGCUCCUCCAUCGGUCACAACACCUUUGCCCUUCCCGGCGGCCACCUCGAAUUUGGGGAGAGCUUUGAGGAAUGUGCAGACAGAGAAGUGGAGGAGGCAACUGGUUUACUCAUUGAGAAAAUCAAGUUUUUAACAGUCACCAACAAUGUCUUCUACAAAGAAGGCAAACCAGUACAUGCCGUCAUCAUAUUCAUGCUUGCAGCAGUCUCGGCACAUCCCCAACAAUUGCCGCAAAAUAUUGAGCCUGAUAAAUGUGAUAGCUGGGAUUGGUAUGAUUGGAACAACCUCCCACAACCACUGUUUGGACCGUUAGAAAAAUUGGUGGGUGCUUUUGAUCCUUUCCCAUCUGAGAAAAUUUGAUAAAAGAAAUUGCUCAGCCACUUGAAAAUAGUUUGAAAAAACGUGUAUGGAUGAUCCCUCCUGUCAACUUUGUGACUUGUUAAUCGAUCAAUGAUAGUAAUU